AUUAUAUUAUUUUCUCCUCAUCCUCUAUACCCACUUCUCUUCCCUAAACACAGAGAGAGAGAGUGAAAAUGGGAAGCUUAAUAGACUUUGAACAGACGGAGCUCCGCCUUGGCCUCCCCGGCGGCGACGCCGUCAAGAAAAGGGGUUUCACUCAAACUUUGGAUUUGAAGCUCAAUCUCGCGGCGGAUUCCGACCAACGCCCUAAAACGACGGACACGAAUGCCGUUUCCACCUCCGUCGGUACAGAUCUUCCCAAGCCUCCACCGCCCAAAGCCCAGGUUGUCGGUUGGCCACCGGUAAAGUCGUUGAGAAGAAACAUCGUAGCUCCAAAGAAGAGUACAGAGGAAACCGAGAAAGGCGCCACCGUCAGCGGCUGUGCCGAUGCGGCGGCGUUUAUUAAAGUCAGUAUGGACGGCGCACCGUACUUACGAAAAGUGGACAUGAAGAUGUUCGGAAGUUACCAAGAGCUUUCUGAUGCCUUGAGCAAAAUGUUUGCUUCUUUCACCACCGGUAAUUCUGGGGCACAAAAGAUGAAGAAUUAUGCGAAUGAAAGCAAAUCAAUGGAUGUACGAAACGAGACUGAUUACGUGCCUACUUAUGAAGACAAAGAUGGAGAUUGGAUGCUCGUGGGCGAUGUGCCAUGGAAUAUGUUCGUGGAUUCAUGCAAACGUUUGAGGAUAAUGAAAGGAUUCGAGGCCAUUGGACUCGCCCCAAGAGCAUUGGAGAAGUGCAAGACCAGAAACUGAAUUACUAAUAUUAGGACAUUAUUUUUCUUGAAUAAUAAUAAUAAUAAUAAUAAUAAUAUUUAUUAUUAUUAGGAUUUGGUAGUUUGCAAAUAAUUUCCAAAAAUUAUAAUAAUAAUAAAAAAAAUGAAACCCUACUCAAUAGAGGAAGGAAUUUGAAUCUCAUAUG